AUUCCGUAUCAAGAUCAGUACAUUAUGUAUGUGAUGGGUGUCCUGUCUCAUCAAAGGUUCAUUAUCUCACACCAGCAAAGUAUCAAGUCAAAUAUCCUACAAUCACUUGUGAAGUAAGCACAACAUAUCGACCACUGACAGAGAAAGAAAAGAAUUGGUUUACUGAGAAGGUGGAAACAAAGGACAUGGAAUCAAUGGACAAAGUUGGAGCUAAAUCUAAACAGGAGGACAAGUCACAUGAAGCUUGUGUACCUGAUGUUGUAUCUGGUGCAAGUACAGCUCAGAAAUCUGACCCUGUCAACAAGAGGGAGCCAAUUGAUAUAUUCAAAGAUCAUUAUGCUGAUCUCAUUGAGUGUAUAUCUGCAGAUCAUAAUCUUGGGAGAGUUGCAGAUCAUUGUGUAGCACUGAUAAGUGACAUUACAUUUGAUAAAACCAUGACUGCUGGUAUCUCCAACUAUGAGAAAGCACGUUCACUUGUGAAUGAGCUACGCCUUAAUCUCAAAGCAUCCAAAGAUCAACGCCAGUAUUUAUUGAAACUAAUUAGCAUAUUCUACAAAAUAAAAGAUCCAGCAUUGUCUGAGAUAGCUGAUACCAUGAAAUCAGAACUCUGAGGUCAUCCUAAUGACUAACACUAGUUUAACAUACUUGCUGAUUAUUAAAAUUAAUUAUUACUGAACAAUGUUGUAUUACUAUUACUCCAUUAGUACUUUGCUAAUCUGUUAACUUAAACUACAUUAA